AUGGACGACCAGAAGGGUAAGGCGGCCGCGGCGGGCAGCAAUGACACUGCUGCAACACGCGGAAGCCUGUCCACGGAAGUGGCGGUCGCGCAGCCGUCGAAGGACGGCGCUCCCCCAGCGCGCGAACCGCAACGUGGCGGCGACGACGCCGGCAAUGCGAGGGACUACCUGUGCGGCGCGGGCCGCUACAGGCCGCAGUGGAUGCAAGCAUUUGCGACGCCCAAGUGGUACGCCGUCAUACUCGCCAUGCUGGGCACCUGCCAGGGGGCCUACCGCAUGUACUUGACCGGCACCCUGUCCACGAUAGAGAGAAGGUUCUCGCUGUCGAGUCGACAGUCGGCCUUCAUCAUGAUCGGAGACGACAUCAGUCCCAUCUUGGCCAACAUAGCGCUCAUCAUCUUCCUAAAGCGCACCAGCAAGCCUAAUUGGGUGUCCGCCGGAAUGUUUUGCUGCUUCCUCGGGACGUUGUGCAACCUGUUGCCUUAUGUGGUUUACGGUCCCAGCAAGCGCUACAUGACGUACUCUUCUGGCACGAAGGUCAAGCAGAUGGACUUCUGCGGCAGUCCAGCGAAUUCAACGAGCGCGGCUUGCGGUGAUGCGCCGUGGUUCUGGGGCCACUCUGUGGGUCCCGUCCUGAUGAUGUUCACGGGCAACUUUCUGAACGGACUGGGUACCACGACGUACUACACCAUCGGUAGCACCUACAUGGACGACAAUGUUGAGAAGAGUUAUACGGCGGCCUACUUUGGCUACGUCAUGGUGUUUCGUCUAAUAGGACCCGUCCUGGGUUUCGCCCUCGCAUUUCUUACCCUGAGGUACCCUGAAGAUCUUGCGCAGGUUUGCGACAGCAGUCGUGCGGCUGAAAAAUCGGGCGGCGAGCGACUGAGCCAAAGAACGACCUCAUUAAAGCCCGGCGAUCCUAGAUGGAUCGGAGCCUGGUGGUUCGGGUAUAUAUUCAUCGCACUGGGAAUCUUGAUGGGCACGAUUCCCAUGUUCCUGUUCCCAAAGAAAAUGCGCACCGGGUCCGAAAAAAACAAGGAACAAGUGGGAGUCGAAUCAUCGACUGUGAAGAGGGACAUAUCAGAGUUAAUAAAAGGACUCGGAAGGUUGACGAGGAACCCCGUGUACAUGUUCAGAAUGUUUCACUCCGUGGCAGCGUACAUAGCCACAGGUGGCUAUGCCCUUUCAUUUCCCAGGUACGCCCAGCAUCAGUUCGCACAAUCAGCGUCUAGUGCGAGUCUACUGGCCGGUGUUUCCAACAUCCUCUCCCACGUGAUCGGCAUCGGCCUGGGCAGUAUGUUCGUGCACUUACUGAAGCCUUCGCCAAGAGUAGUGGGCAUGGAGAACACGAGCGCGGCCGCCUUCGCAGCUCUCUCGUUUCUUGGAAUCAUGACCAUCACCUGCAGCUCGAUUCAUUACCCCCUGACUCAUGACUCGAACGACAGGCUGACUAUUCGCAAUGAAUGCAAUGAGGAGUGUGACUGCAGCACGAGCGUAUAUCACCCGGUUUGCGACAUGGCGACAAGAAAGCAAUACUUCUCGGCCUGCUUUGCCGGCUGCCCACGCGGCCUUCUAGUUAACGAGCUAGAAGCAUUGUCAGUUUUCACGUCGUGGCUUGCCUCUCUCUCCAACGCAGCUUUCAUCCCGUACCCGCUCAUCUACGGCGCCCUGACGGACGCCUCGUGCAUCGUGUGGGAGGACCGAUGCGGUGAACGCGGCGCGUGCUGGAUCUACGACCUGCCCAAGAUGCGCUACCUGAUCAACGGCUUCACGACGCUCAUGCUGUGCUUGAGCACCUUCUUUCAGUGCGUCAUGACCUACUACUGCAAGCGCAUCAAGAACUUCCACGGUGAUGACGAAGCAGCGCCGGGCGAGAAACCCAAGCCCAUCGACAAGACCGGCAAGGACUCCGGGGCCAAGGAGUCCCCCAAACAGGCACCCAGCGUGAAGAAGCACGGCUCCGAAGCACAAGCGCGCGAAAACGAAGAACCUGCCGUAGAGGAGCCGGAACCACCUGCUCACGAGCCCGAGCACAGUCAGGGUAGCCGCCCUGGUAGCCGGAAGCCUAGCGUCAGCCAAGGUAGCCACCCUGGCAGCCGCAAGGGUAGCGUCAGCCAGGGUAGCCGCCCUGGUAGCCUCAAGGGUAGCGUCAGCCAAGGUAGCCGCCCUGGUAGCCGCAAGGGUAGUAUCAACCAAGGUAGCCGCCACGGUAGCCGCAAGGGAAGCGUCGAGAGCAAGGAUGCUUCGGUUCCAGCCUCGAAUGUUGCCACCUGA